GUGGUUUGAUGUUGGAAGGAGAAAAAGAACCCCCCACAACAAACACAGAGAGGGCUGGAACACAGAAAGAGGCUAGAAAGGAAAGAAGCAUCGACAGAUGGACUCUGUUGUGAUUAAAGAUGGCGGCAUUCUUCACUGCAGACUACGAAGGAACAAUUUGGAUCCAUAACACAGCGGUGGGAGUAGUCUACAACGAUGAACCACAAAACCAAGAACACAGCGAGGUAACCCAGCAGCAUCAAAUGUAUGGAAAGGAUAAAUUACUCAGCAGAUUUGUUGAUUCUGCGAAGAGCGUUGAUUUGACGUCCAAGUCGCUACUCUUGCUUCCAAACUCUGCAAUGGAUCCAUCAGAGACUCGAUGUUCUGCGACGAAAUGCAAGGCAUCUAAAGUUCAGGGGUUCAUGUGCUGUGGCGUGAGUCCAGGUCAACAUCUAUUACUUAAAGCGUUUGGCCUUUUUGGGGUCGUGGUACUUGGAUGCUGGGACUAUGAGCAUCAGCGACAAAGGGGGCUUCACUGAGCAUGCUCCCAGACCUCCAGUCCCCGGUGAAGAAGGUGUGCUGGUGUGCAGCGAUGGACAGCAGCCGAGCAACAUUAGCUUCUCAUUGAAAACCGAGAGCCUUAAAUGCGAGGCCUCCAUCGCGACGCCCAGGAGGCCCGACUUGGACUUGGGGUAUGAGCCUGAGGGAAGCGCUUCCCCUACACCACCUUACGUAAAGUGGGCGGAAUCUCUCCACUCCCUACUUGAUGACCGAGAUGGCAUCCCACUUUUUCAGACUUUCCUCAAACAGGAAAGGUGUGCGGACAUUUUGGACUUCUGGUUUCUUUGCAGUGGAUUCAAGCUGGAGGCCUAUGACAGCGAUGAGGAGAAACGGGUCAAACUGGCUAAGGCUAUUUAUAAGAAAUACAUCUUGGACAACAGUUGUAUUGUGUCCAGGUGGAUCAAACCGGCCACCAAGUCCUUCAUUAAAGACUGUGUGCUCAAACUUCAUAUCGAUCCUGCGAUGUUCGACCAGGCUCAGACGGAGAUACAAGCUCUGAUUGAGGAGAACACCUAUCCUAUGUUUCUGAAGUCUGAUAUUUAUUUGGAAUAUGCGCAAACUGGAGGGGAGAGUCCGAAACUGUACAAUGAGGAAAGCCACGUCUCUGCGUCUGAAGCUGGUCUCUCGGGCUAUUUUUCACCUCUAGAGGAGGAUUGGAAAUGUGACCGAGAGCCAGUUAAGCAGCCCCAACAUGAACCCACACCGAGCCACCGGCUCACUCAGAAGCUGCUCAUGGAGACGACAUCUCAGCAUGGUGCCAACAGCGCGAGAUUGCAGGAGAGACCAGAGUUCAGACAGGCGUCGUCAUGCUCAGAACCCAUUCACCCGUUCUGCGUCCCUGCUCCAACCACCAGCACCAAUGACAGCGAGCAACAGAGCAUGUCCAGUGAUGCAGACACUCUCUCCCUCCCUGACAGCAGCGCAGAUGGGGUUCCACCCUACAGAAGCCACAAACAGCAUCGCCGGGAGAUGCAGGAAGGCGCCAAAGCCAAUGGGCGACUGCGACUACCUCCAAUGCCAAAAGAAAGAAUUCCUAAGAACAUCCAUGUGGAGCCGGAAAGGUUUGCCGCAGAGCUCAUCAGCAGACUGGAGGGGGUUUUGAGGGAGAGAGAGCAUGAGGAGAAACUGGAGGAGGGACUGCAGAGCCAGCUGGACGAUAAAGGGGAUGACAUCAUCUUGCCCACUGGGUCGUUACUGCCCUACAGCAGGUCUCCCUCUAGUGCUAACCCUCUGAAUUACAACUCCAACUUCGAGGACAUCAGCCCCUUUCUGAAAGACAGUCACGAGGAGAACCCUGAGAACAUCCUGGAUGACCACGUGCAGCGUGUCAUGAAGUCUCCCGUCUGCCAGUCCCCAGGGACCGGCCGUCACUCCCGCUCCCCUGAUGGUGUCUGCGGGGGCCCGGAUGUGUCUCAAUCCUGGAGCCAGGCCAAACACCAGUCAUGGUUGGGUCUGAAGCGCGAGGGCGGCCACCAUCACAAACAGCCACACCGCAGUCACCACGCUGCAUCUGUGAAGCCCAAAGAGCUGGUGGAGGGUGACAGAGCCGGUUGGAUUCAAGGCAGUUUCUCAUGGGAGACAGGUCAACAUGGGUCUAAGACUCGCUCCUAUGCUGAUGGAAUGGGAUCUGAUGUCAAUGAACACUCAAAUUAUGGCAUUAAAGGCGGCACACAGUGUAAAAGAACAUUGAGGAAGGGUGACGAUGUUCCGACGCCUGCAGAGGAGCUGGAGAAAAACCACAAGAUUCUCCUGUGGCUGAUGGAAGGACAGAAGGAGAUGGUCCGACACAAGAGGAACGGAAGUACCACUGGGCCCAAGAAGGUCACAGGUCAUGAGGGGAGCGGCCUUGGUUCUGCCGAGAGGCCCGGCUCACAUGUCCUUGGGGCCGGCUCUCACUCACGGAACAUCGUGCAGCCCUCUCAUCCAUUCAUCCAGGAUCCCACCAUGCCUCCCAACCCAGCCCCCAACCCUCUCAUCCAGCUGGAGGAGGUGCGCCGACGCCUGGAGGAGGAGCAGAUCCAAAGUGGGCACAAGCAAAGGUACGUGAUGGAAGUUAUCCAGAGGGGGCGCACUGCAGUCCGGCCUCCCCUUAUCCCCCUGCACUCUGUGGUGCCUGGUGUUUCUGACAGCGAGUUCUCUGAGUCUGAACUCAAGACCAUUAAAAAGCUGCCAUGUGAAAACAUCACAGUCGCGUAUUACUUCUGCGGCGAGCCCAUACCGUACAGAACUUCUGUGAAAGGGAAGAUUGUCACUCUGGGUCAGUUUAAGGAGCUGCUCACGAAGAAAGGAAACUACAGGUACUUUUUCAAGAGGGCGAGCGACGAGUUCAAGUGCGGAGUGGUGUUCCAGGAGGUGCGAGAAGAUGACGCCAUCUUGCCCGUCUUUGAGGAAAAGAUUGUCGGGAAAGUGGAGAAGAUCGACUGAAGUGGACGUUGGAGAAAAGCAAGUGUAAGUUGGAGUGAAGAGAAAGUUGAGGGCUGAGUUUGGAGUUUAAAGCCAAGCAGGGACGCGAACUCAAGACCUCAUUCACUAACUUGAGAGUGAGAUGUAGCCUACUUACGUGACUAGACUCUUGGGGGGGAAAAAAAAAGUGCUAUUAAAGCCGAUUAUUUUUGAUAUGAUGCCUCCAUGUGUGAACACACCUUUUUAUAUUAUAACAGAUGUGUACAGUUUGUGUUGAAUUACAAAUUUUAUAUCUAUUUAAGUAUUUAAAAUGCUCAUUUACAAUCCUGUUGAAGACAACAAUCCAGUUUUUGAUUUUCUUAGGGAUGCUAAUUUAUUGAAAGCGUGAUGAGUAUGUCAAGUUAUUUUCCAUCCUGAAUGCCUGCACUUGCUAUAUAUAUAUAUAUAUAUAUAUAUAUAAAGUGCUGAUUUUAGUGACGGAGCAGAAGGUUGUCCUGGUGUUGCUUCAUGCUUUAACAUUUUACUUUAUUGAAUGUGACUGGAACAUGUUAUUUAACACAAAGGUUUUGGAAUGUAACCAUUAUAUGUUCAGUUAGCAGUAUAGAAGGAGCUAAAUCCCAAUUAAUGAUUGAAUUUUGAACAUUUUGAAUCACCUUAUGACCAUGAUUUUAAGUGCAUAAAUCUAAAUAUUGCUGAGCGCAAUGAUGACCCAGUAGCCCAUUAGCAUUCCUACUAUGUAGCACUUCAGCGGAGCUUUGUGAGCAUUUCAAGUGAAAAUAAAUAUCCCAAUAAAUGGCAAGUUAACACUUAUAUUAAUCCAAAAAAAGCGUGUUAAAGGCCGAUAUUUUUUUGUAUUCUAAGACGUUAGCAUGGAGCAUUGAUGAAAAGAAGUGUAUGCUAAAACAUACUUGAAGCUAAGAAGCAUGAAGAAAUGACAUUUUAUAUGUGAAUGAUUUUUUAAAAUGUAUUUUUUGUCAUUGGUUCCACAUGUCAAGGUUUAAGGUUCACUGUUAUUCCAAAGGUCAUGUGACAUCUCUGUUACUUUAUUUAAAUUUAUAUUUUCUUUAAACAACUUCACUCAUUAAGAUUUUAUUUGUCCUACAGUGGAGAACACUUUCACUAAAAUGUUGUUUUUUUGACAGAAAAGAGUUCCAAACUCUCCAAACAAAUGCCUAAAUUAAUGUCUUUAAAAUACCAUCAGACUUGCACUAUGGAAAAAUAGACAAUACGCUUGUAUUAUGUCACAAAUUGAUUCAGACUCAUUUCUUAAUAAUUCAAUACUUUUUAUACACCGACAGUUUUAUACACAUUUCAUUCACUUGGAUUUAUUGAAAUGUGACGACAGAUCAUUGAUAAAGUGAAGACGCUUCAAGUUAAUGUAUCGGUAGUUGCGAUUAUUGAAUUCAUGGCUACAUAUUUUCAUGUGCAUCAAAAUAAAAUGAAUAAUUUCUGUAAUGAAUUAACUAGUCAGAUUCAAUUUGAUCAUAGCAUAAUCAUUCAUUUAACUUUUUUUUUUUUUUUUGCAAAUUUGACACACUGAGCUUCUGCUUUUGGGCUUAUGCUGUAUGUUAUAUUCACUCUGGACUGACUUUUCUGAAUAUCAGUGUAUUGCAUUACAUUUCCAAACUAACAUAAGCACAUUGUCCCAUUUUAAAAUGCGCUUUAUUAUCGGGAAAAAUCAUUUCUAUUUCUUAAAAUGGUUGCACUUUAGAUUGGGGAAGGUGUAUUACCGUUAAUAGGCCACUUAUUCACAUGUAUUAUCCAGAAAUUAUUAUAAACUACUUAUUUAUUGGCGUCUUCUUCGGCACCACUGUAUUUUUACCCAGUAAGUUUCCCUCUAAACACCAUUAUUUCCACUGUAGCCUUUUCAUUGGGCUCAUUGAAAUACUUUAAAAAGUUUUCAUAGCAGAACAGUCACCUACCUAUAUGCAAAAUAAUUGCAGCAAAGGAUGAAGACACAUUUUUUUUAUUGUAAUAAAAUGUCCAAUAUAUUAUUUUUAUGGAUUGGUUUGCCUUGCUAGUCUCUCACAGAGACCAACUGCAAUACAAAAACUGCGAUUCUGGACUUUUAUAUCUUUAUUAUUGUUUGAAUUUAAUUCAGAUGUCGCCCUGUUUACUUUCUAAAGCUCAAGAGAAAACCUUGUUCACACCAACAUACUGAGAAUUCCUGCAUUAGAAUCAGCCUCACAUGAUUUAUUCAUCAUAGCUGUGGACCGCUGAAUACAUAAUAGUGAAUAACUAAAUCAUGCAUUUUGUAGUUUUCCCUGCGUUGUCUUUGAUUAACGGUGCUGUUUCAUAGUCAGUCGCCUCUGGUUCAUCAGAUGGAUAUUUCAACCUGACUUUCCAUGAAGGGCUGAUAUAGAAAAACAUGGCUUCUGCCUUGGGCUCGGCGCUCACAAGCAUCCUGGGAUCAAUACAUGAGUGUGAUGCUCUGCUGUUAUUGCAGUCAUGCUUCUCCUGAAUGUGACCUUUUGGAUGCAAGACUCUUUGUUGCGACGAUGAAUGCUCUUGACUGUCCUAACAAUAACAGAACCAUUGCUAUUGUUUCUCUCUCUGGCUCGGUGGACUCAUCACUUUCAUUUCAUUUUUGAUAUGAGUUUCUGUUGUGUUAGCAAAGAGAGACAUUAGUGCCUUUCCAAUGAUGCUAAUGAUGUCUGCAGUCCACACGCUGCUGCUUUUCCUUUCCAUGACGUGUUUUACAUUCUGUGUAAAUACGAGCAACAACACGGGCCAUGAGCUGAUGCACUUCCACUCCAGAGCAUGGCGGCCAGUGUGAUGGUGACCUGGACAAUAAAUCAUGCAAUAAA